UCUGCUACCUACCACCACCUGUGUUGUAUGUACUGACUGUACAGGUCUUCCAGUUACCUUACAGGUCGUAUACAAACACCCAUUUGCGGUCUGCAUGUCUGACAGAGUCGACACGCUCGGCCUCUAUCUGCUCGGCGCUUUUCGAUUUCCUGAUGGCCGCCCUGCGCGCGUUCACCGCCCGCAGUGUGUAACGAUACGCUACAUAACCGGUGAGGGCAACACCGACGAAUCCCAACGUCACCACCAGCGGCAGUUUGUACCCGGGUGCAUACUCGGCUCGGUAGAGCUGCGACCCGAUGGCGCCCGCCAGGUUUCCCAGCCCAUUCGCGCCCACCACCAGCGCCCUCUUCCCAGCCGUCGGCGUGUUGCCGCUGAGCCAGGCCACGGUGAGCGGGGGCGGCACGUAGCUGCCAAAAAGAAACACGCACAGCGACGCAUACUUGGCUGCGUUGCUGACCGAUCCGACCACCCCGACGAGUCCCCCCAGCGCCACCACCAGUGCUCCGACAAUGUGCCAUCCCCGCUCCCUGUGCCGAUCCGAGCUGGAUGCGAACAGGUAGAGCCCGACCGCCCCGCACACCGCUGGCGGCACCGACAUCUAUGUAGAAGGAGUUAGGCUUCUUGUUUCUUGCUUCUUGCCUUUGCUCUUGUCACAUACCAAGUUUGCCUCGACCGAUUCGUACCCCAUACCCUGCACAACCAGCGGGAGGAAGACGGAGAAAGCCGUGACGGGCACGCUGGCGCAGAUGUUGAACACCAGCACAAACCACAGCUUCCAAUCCCUCAGCGUCUCGACCAGAUCCCGCCGGGUAAGGCUGGAGUAUUUGGCAGCAUUGAGUUCCACGCCACCGACUCGGUCCACCACAAACUGCCUUUCGCUGUGGCUCAGGAACCACGCGCCUCUAGGUCCUGUCGGUAGCCACAACCAUGCUACCGCUCCCAGCACAGAGGUGAGAACCCCCUCGAUGAUGAAGAGAAGCUGCCAUGGCUUGAGCCAGGCAUGGGAGACCUGAAAGAUGGCAUAUGCUGGUGGCAGUCAGUCCAUGUCAGCCCCGUCCUGCUUCGGUGUCGGGGGAGUGGUUGAGGGCGAACGUACACAGGGCCCCCGAGAAGGCAGAUGCAAUGGCAUACUGUCCAUAAAACAGUCCAAUCCGCGUGGCCAGGUCGAACCGGGAAUAGAAAGAGCCAAGAUAAACGAUGCAUGUGGGGUAAAAGCCAGCUUCAAAGACACCGAUGAGGAGACGAGUCGUUAUCAGAGCCGCUUGAGGCAUCUGGAACAGGACAAAGGUGACGAAAAAGAGCGACACUGCAAGGUUGAGAUCAUCCGGCAGGGCACCGAUGUCAUGCGUGAAGCCUUGGGUUUGCGCAUUGCCAAUAUUCCCCCUGUCGAGGCCGUUGAACAGAUACAGCAGCGAUAG